GACGCAGGCUGCUGCAAACCUUGAACGUAGAAGAAGAAGAGGAGGAGGAAGAAGGCUCCUCAAACAAUCCUGCUGAAAAGCCUGAAACCCACUGCAGCUGAGAGAGAGAGACGACACCAUGGAGUUAGUUUCCCACACCGGUGUGAAGCGGCAGCAGCUUUUGAGCACCUCUGUCCUCCUCCUCCUCUUCCUCGACGCCACCACAGUCACAUCUGCAGAGGAAGGCGCCAACGUGAGAAACUCCCAGUGUCACAACUACGCGGGAGGACACGUCUAUCCCGGGGAGGCUUUCCGUGUGCCCGUGUCCGACCAUUCCCUGCACCUCAGCAAAGCCAAGAUUUCAAAGCCUGCACCUCACUGGGAAGGAACAGCUGUCAUCAAUGGUGAAUUCAAGGAGGUGAAGCUGUCAGACUACAAGGGGAAAUAUCUGGUCUUUUUCUUCUAUCCCCUGGACUUCACAUUCGUCUGCCCUACUGAGAUCAUCGCAUUCAGCGACCGCGUGCACGAGUUCCGUGCCAUCAACACGGAGGUGGUCGCCUGCUCGAUAGACUCCCAGUUCACCCACCUGGCCUGGAUCAAUACGCCCAGGAAGCAGGGGGGACUUGGAAAAAUGAAAAUCCCUCUGUUGUCUGACCUCACUCACCAGAUUUCAAAGGACUAUGGAGUCUACCUGGAGGACCAGGGACACACUCUGAGGGGACUCUUCAUCAUCGAUGACAAAGGCAUCCUGAGGCAGAUCACCAUGAACGAUCUUCCUGUGGGAAGGUCUGUGGAUGAGACACUUCGGUUGGUCCAGGCCUUCCAGUACACUGACAAGCACGGAGAAGUGUGUCCAGCAGGAUGGAAGCCAGGCAGCGACACGAUCAUUCCGGACCCUUCAGGCAAACUGAAGUAUUUUGAUAAACUGAACUGAUUUGUGUUUCUGUUGUCCCAGUCUGUCAAAUCCACCACUUUCUGAAGGGUCAAAUAAAAUUUGUUUUCUUA